UGGCCCACGUCGAGAGCUUUGGCAACUGGGAUGAAAUCUCGGCUGUCCUCAGGAAGUGGCACCACAUGAGAAAACCGCUCGCAUCCACUAUCAAUAUUAUGAGCAUGAGCUGGGCUGGGAUAUUUUCGGCCCAUGGCGAGGCGUUUGACAUUAUGCAGGAAGGAACAUUCAAGUUUUACGGGAAAGACGUCAAGUAUUCCCACGAGCCCAUGUCAUUAUUAGCAGCUGGGAUCCUGAAAUCUCCGUCGUUGCUGGUACGCAAUUCGAUCACCAUGGUGGUAUUCUCCAUCUGGGUGUUGUUCACCCAUCCUAGACCUGGGAAUAAAUAUGCUCCGCGAUUUUACGAAUACCCGUUGCUUCUGGUUAAAGCGCUGAACGUCAUAUGGACUAUUGGCGUCGUGAUGGGGCCGGUGAUGUGGGCAGAGAUGUGAUCUUGUGAUCUUAGAUGAGUUUACAAAUAGUUCGACUGAUGGAAUGCCCGCAAUAGAGGCUUUCAAUAUUAUGCU